CUUUGACUUAAUAAAUCAUACAUUCGCUCAAUCAGCUAACAAAGUGCCAAAAAUAUCAGACUAACUCUUCAUUCAGGCUUACGAGAUUUUCUUGUAUAUUAUUCUGCAGAGGUAAGAGCUUGUUUUUUUUUUAAUUGAUUUAUUUCGUUUUCGAGCGAUUAAUUAAUGAAAUAAUUAAUUGAGUGAGAUAUUUAAUUCAAGAUUGCAAGGAUGGUUUAAAAUUUCUUGAUGAAGUAAGAUAGACGUAGUCAAAGUUAUUUUAUUGAUUCAUCAAGUCAUCAGACGAGUUUGUUUGUUUGUUUGUUUUAUUUUUUUUUUUUUUUUUUUGUUGUUGUUUUGUGUGGUGUAAUUUUAAAUUGUCCGAGUGGGCCGGUGAAAUUCGCGUCCCUUUUUGUUUUUUUUUUUUUUUUUUUUUUUUUUUUUUUUUUUUUAAAGUUUUUUUUUUUUUUCUUUUUUUCUUCCGUCGAUUUUUUUUUUUUUUUUUUUUUUUUUUUUUUUUUUUUUUUUUUGUUGUUGUUUUGUGUGGUGUAAUGUUAAAUUGUCCGAGUGAGCCGCUGAAAUUCGCGUCCCUUUUAAAUUUGCUUGUCGGUGUCAUGUUAUACUAUGUAUUGUGGUGCUCGUGGUAUGUACAGUGGGGUUUGUGAUUAUGUGUGUUGAUGCUUGUAUCACCUCAUUCUGUUUUUAUCAAUCUUUAAAAAAAAAAAUAGUUUCACUUUAGUUAUGAGGUAUGGAUGAUAAUAAAUUCUUUGCAUAUAUAUUUGCCUGUGAUAUGAUCUUGGUUGAAAUUCAUAAUUUUGUUAAUGCCCAUGGUUAUUUAUUUACUAACCUUUUGACAUUAUUCUUUGCUGGUUGUGAAUACUCGGCUAAUUUGAAUUGCCUGUAAUCCAUUUGUUUUAGAAAUUUACCAGCUAUGGACUUUUCCAAGCUUUGCAAGGAGUACUGUAAUGUCUAUGAUAUUCAAGGUACUUUUUAUGUUUAAAUUUUAAUAUGCGCAUAUUAUACUAAAUUAUAUUAUACUAAAUUAUAUUAUGCUAAAUUAUAUUAUGCUAAAUAAUUUGGUACUAAGUGAUAUUAUACUAAAUUAUAUUAUACUAAAUAAUAUUAUACUAAAUAUAUUAUAAUAAAUUAUGUUAUACUAAAUUAUAUUAUACUAAAUUUUAGCUGUCUAUACAUAUAUUUUUUUUUUGGAUUGCAUUUUCAAAUAUUAUGUUAAAAAUUUACUUGGUGGGAGACUAGCAGAGUGCUGACUACUUGUCCAAGUAGUUGAAAUUGAAAUGAACAAACAAAUCUGCUUUCAAAUGUAGACAUGACGUCACCAAGUGUGGGUUAUUAAUAAAAAAAAAAACCAAAGGAAGUUUCUACUCUUUUCAUUCAACGUUUAAUAAACUCGCCCCCCCCCACCCCCACACCCACCCUUUUCUCUUGCUCAUCGCAUUCAAAUGGAGACAUGACGUCACCAAGUGUGGGUUAUUAAUAAAAAAAAAAACCAAAGGAAGUUUCUACUCUUUUCAUUCAACGUUUAAUAAACUCGCCCCCCCCCCACCCCCACACCCACCCUUUUCUCUUGCUCAUCGCAGCUGAGCCCAAUCUUGACCUGCUCAAACUGUCCAUUGACGGUGACGUCACCUGGACCGACGUCACACCUCAGUUGGCGUCCCAAGAAGCAUCCACAAGACAGGUCAGUGUUUACGGCUGAUGUUUGGGGCGUUCACUCAUUCGUCUUUUUCAUUCUAAGAAAAUUAUUAUUUCGAUCUUUUUUUUUUUUCCUACUUUGUUUUAUCUGUACAUGUUGUUUUAAAAAAAAAUAUCUAAUAAUAAAUAAAAAUCUUUUAAAAUAAAAAAAUAAAGCUGUUUUAGUCAUUUCUUUUUUGACAAGGCUGCAUCCAACAUAACGCUCGUGGGCACCAUAUUUUUUUUUCUGGUUACAUACUCUCAUAGGGCCCUUUAAAAAGACUUUUUAAAUACAUAUUAUUUUUUUGUUGUUUAAUUAUAUAAAGUGACAAUCUAUACAAAUCCCCUGCACUUCCAUAGCAGUAAGUCGGGGGCAAAAAGUCAACAUUAAAUUAUUGCCAGACAGCACAGUUAAUAUUAAAUUAUAGCCAGACAGUUCAGUUAACAUCAAUUUAUUGCCAGACAGCACAGUUAACAUUAAUUUAUUGCCAGAAAGCUCAGUUAACAUUAAAUUAUUUCCAGACAGCAUAGUUAACAUUAAUUUAUUGCAAGACAGCACAGUUAACAUUAAUUAAUGUUGUCAUCAGUUAAACGUGAUGUACACACCAAACCAGAGAGAACUCUACAGCGAUGUGGAGACAACCAAGGAGUCAGUCUGCAAGACGAAGGUUACAAUUCUCCAGGGCGUAGCGCCAGGUGAGUUAAAGCCACCUUGUUAAGUAAAGCCACCUUGUUAAGUAAAGCCACCUUGUUAAGUAAAGCCACCUUGUUAAGUAAAGCCACCUUGUUAAGUAAAGCCACCUUGCUAAGACAAAGGACACGCAAGGGUUAUGAAAAUCCAUAUCUUAAAAGCAGGUUACUGUUUAUUGGCCAAAUAUGAAAGGCUUUUGUAUCUGAUUAUUUAAAAAUCUACUGUAAUUCCUUUUUUUUUUUUGUGUAUCAAUUAUGUUCGUUGUGUAAGGUAAAAUUUCCCAUUUGUCAAAUGUACUGUAACAUAUCAAAUCGUGUAUCAAGUUCAAACAUCAUUUCACGUUUGACUGAAAUCUCUGCUUCAGGUCUGAACAAACCACUGAAAGUUCCAACAUCGAAUCUGCCAUCUUCCUUGGGGGCAUACGUGGAGCUACAGCCAGGGAAAUCAAUCCACGAGAAAGAGGACAAGAUGAUCCUUAGGUUGAGCAGCGCUCACAGAAUGGACAGCAGCCAUCCGGCCCUUGCCACUGUCUCGGACAAAGAAACCUAUUUCAUUGGUAGGUCGAAUUCUUUAAACCAUUGUGCUUCAGUGCGUGAUUAGGUCAAGUCGCUAAAAUACACAUGUUUUAAUGCGUUUUUAAUUGAAUAUGGACAAAUCCUUUUUUUUUUUUAAAUGACUACAUGCCAAUUAUUUUAAUCGUUUAUUCGAAACAUUUCCAAAUCAAAUAUGUCAAUGACAUUUUAAGACAUUAUAUGAACGAAUACGUAUAUAGUAAUUACAGUGCUUAUUUUUAAAGUUUUUUUUUUUAAAUACUGCGUUACUGGUUUACAUAAGAUUAAAUUAAUCUAAGAUAUUUGACUAAAACAAUUGCCUUUUUUUUUCCAAAAGGUCGUUUUUCCUGUCAAGUCAAACUUGGUGGUAAAGUCUUAUUUCCACACGGAAACGGCGCUGUUGAAGAAUUCGGAAUUGCAGACAUUGUCAAAGAUGUCAGGAGUUGGCCAGCGGCUAACAGGCAAUCCGUGAAGGAUGAUGUCAAGACCCUCCAGAUCCUUAUUGGUUCCGAUGGUGCCGCUGAAUAUGUCAGGUGGACCGUUGAGGGCACAUGCGAGUUCCAGGGAGACUCUGAACGGAUCAUACAGUGGAGAUAAUUCUUUGCGAUUUUAUUUGUAUUAAUAAAGUUACAUAUAUGCUUACAUUGUUGGUAAUUGUAAUAAAG